GUGGAAACUGCCAAAACGUGACUUGAAUUAAAUAUUAUUUGCAAUUGAAUUGAAAAAAAUUAAUCAACAGAUUUUGUCGCCGUCACUCUGAAGUUUUAAACCCGCGUUUUAAGUGUCAUUACCACAUAUUAAAUACCUGCGUCUUGCUGUUGUUGUGGUACUAAAAAAACGUUCCGCUCUAAUCUGUUCCGAGAAUGGAGUAGUUUGACAGCGAGGAACAGUCUCUCACAACUCCACGGCUAAGUGUAUGCCGCAAACUGAAUAAUCAGCGCGUUGCUCGAGGUAUUUCGCGUUUAAUUCAUUAAUGUCAACAAACAAAGCUUAGGCACUGUGCAGAGUUCAGGGUUCGACGCAGUGUAAAGUGGAAAACGCUUUGAGCUCCGCGUCGCGAUGUCCGCGUCCUCCGACAGCCGCGCUCCUCGAACGCUGAACUUCAACGUGGGGGUGCUCGGACAUGUGGACAGCGGCAAGACGUCGCUUGCGAGGGCGCUGAGCAGCACCGCCUCCACGGCCGCCUUCGACAAGAACCCGCAGUCCCGAGAGAGAGGCAUCACGCUGGACCUCGGCUUCUCCUCCUUCACGGUGGACCUUCCCGAUCACCUGCGGGAUGAGCGGUAUGACAGCCUGCAGUUCACGCUGGUGGACUGCCCCGGACACGCUUCUCUCAUUCGGACUAUUAUAGGAGGCGCCCACAUCAUUGACCUAAUGAUGCUGGUGGUGGAUGUGGUGAAGGGGGUGCAGACCCAGACGGCGGAGUGUCUGCUGAUAGGAGAACUGACCUGCCCACGCAUGGUGGUGGUCCUCAACAAGGUGGACCUGCUGCCAGCGAACAAGCGACAGAGCGCCAUUGAGAAGAUGACCAAAAGGCUGCACAAAACCCUGGAGAGCACCAGAUUCAAGGAAUGUCCAGUAAUUGCUGUGGCAGCGAAGCCUGGGGGUCCAGAGGCUCCUGACACAGAGGAGCCACAGGGAGUGCCUGAGUUAAUAGAGCUUUUGAAGAAGCAGACCUACCUCCCUCAGAGAGACCCUAAGGGUGACCUUCUGAUGGCUGUGGACCAUUGCUUCUCCAUCCGUGGACAGGGUACAGUCAUGACGGGCACCAUACUGAAGGGGUCAUUGGCUGUCAACGACACAGUGGAAAUCCCAGCCUUAAAGGUGACCAAGAAGAUCAAGUCGGUGCAGAUGUUUCGUAAGCCGGUGUCUGGGGCCACGCAGGGCGACCGCGUGGGUGUGUGCGUGACGCAGUUCGACCCUAAGCUGCUGGAGCGAGGGCUCGUGUGCACCCCGGGGUCCCUGCGCACCCUGUACGCCGCCGUCAUCUCCGUCCGGAAGAUCGGCUACUUCAAGGGCCCGCUGGCCACUCGCGCCAAGUUUCACGUCACCGUGGGGCACGAGACCGUCAUGGCGAAGGUGGCGUUCUUCGGGCUGCCGCCCGCGGCGCCCUCGGGGCCGCCGCCCGCCACCGCCCGGCCGUGCUCCCUGGAGGAGCCGUUCACCUUCGACAGGGAGUACUUCUACCAGGACGAGUACGCCGCUGGUCAGGGGGAGGCCGGCUCAGGCGCCGACCCAGAGCAGUGGGCGCUGUUGGAGUUCGAGAGGCCCGUCACGUGCCCCUUGCUCUGCCUUGUGAUCGGAUCCAAGCUGGACACGGACAUCCAUGCCAACGCGUGCCGGCUAGCCUUCCAAGGCCGUCUGUUACAGGGCUUUGAAGAAAAAACCUACACGGAGACGGCCCUGCCUCGUCUGCACAUCUACAAGACCAAACAAAAGGAGGGACAGGUAGAGAGGGUGACCGACGACUACACUGUGAUUGGCCGGAACCUGUUCAAGAAGGAGACCAACCUCCAGCUGUUUGUGGGGUUAAAGGUCACGCUGUCAACAGGCGAGAGCGGCGUCAUUGAGGGCGGGUUCGGACAGAGCGGGAAGUUUAAGAUUCGCGUCCCAGAGGGUCUUCGUCCAGAAACCAAACAGCUGAUGACCUCCAACUCUAAGAAGAAGGGGAAGGGUGGAGGCAAAGGCAGCCCCGCACAUGAAGACGAGCCUAAAUUAGACUCUCAGCCCAUUAGCAUUCACUUGCAUUUCAAACGCUAUGUCUUUGAUCCGCAUAAAAAAAUGGUGCAGUCUUGAUCUUUGCUGCAGCCUGAAAUGUUGCUGCGCUGGAGACAGACUACAAGGUCGACCUGUGUAUCAGGUAUGACGGGUCCCCCACGGGAACGCUGUACACAUGUGAUGCCCGGAUCGUUACCGUCCUAUACGGGAGACAAUGGAUUCAAUUAGCCCCAGUAUAAGGGUACAAUCUGCUCUUAUGCUUUUGAUUUGUCUUGAAACAACACUGUUUGAAAAUGCUUUGUUGUUAAAGUCUGCAUCAAUUCUUUUGAAUGGCAGCAAAUGCUUUUGUUUUUUGUUUCUAUUUUAGCUGAGCUCUAAUUAGCCGUAAUAGAUUAGCCUGUGUUCUAGACAUGCUGGACUGAUUGAGGUCUGUGUCUUCCUGGGAUGAAGUUCAUGUUCUGUCACCUUGUGAUUUAAGGCACCGACUGCUGUCUAACUAAUAUUGCUACAAUUUUAAUUUUGAAUCCUGAAUUAUUUCAGCAGUUUCUUGAGCUGAAAAAAAUUAUAGACCUGUAAAACCCAAACCCAUUCUCACUUUUCUUUUACAUGUCACUAUUAGUUAAUAACAGUACUACAGUGUUUUAGAGCUCUAACAGCUAAUAAUGUAAUUAAUCUGCAGAAGAUAAUGAUAAUAAUUAAUUUAUAAAAUAUAAUAAACAUUUCCUUGUA